AUGGAACAAAUACAAAAAAUACUUCACUUAUUAUUAGAAUCUAACCUCAAUGAAGGUUUAAAAAAAGCAAUUGUAGAAAAGCUCUCCUCCGAACCCGAUCACAAAAUGCCUGAAAUACCUGAAAAUAUUUGGAAAAAUUUAUGCAAUUUUUUAUAUGAUCUUUUAUCAGAGAAGCCAACUCGUAUACACGCCGAGGUUGGUGAAAAUGUUCUGGCUUGGGUGGCCCGUACUCAACCACAAAUAUAUAUGGAAUAUUUUAAUUCAGACGACUUAAAACAUAACCUCGAACGAGUUGGUGCAAAUGUUCCAGAAGUAUAUAAACAUCUAAGAGCGACAACAAAAGUGAUCAAAUACAAAGCUGAGAUAGCAGAUGACCAAUAUAUAGGAUGUAUUGAAAAUGAUUGUCAAUUAUUACAGAAAUGUGCCGAAAAAUAUUUUGUUCAAUGGAAAGGGAGAUUUGAUUUACAAUCAUUAUUCAUACUUAUGUUUUGUGACCUACCAAAGACUAUUCCUUCGGAUCGAAAUAUGGUCAUACAAUUACUUAUACAUACGUUAAGUCUGGUACCUAAUGAAUCAAUAGACGGAACUAACCGUGAAUACGUAGAGAAGUCAGUACAUUUGAUCGAAUCAUUAUGGAAAGAAAGUGAAGAGUUAAUAAAUUUCACAAUUCGAGAAAUAUUCAUAAGGCUUUCAGCACUUUCAUCACAUUCAUUUGCAAUCGCGUUACUUAUUAGUAAAAUACCAUUGGAUCAUUUGUCUGUAAUUUCACCUUAUAUUCAAAAAAAUUUUCGUGAAGAUAUUUCGCGUUUCGAAUUAAGUAUACGGCAUAUGAUUGAGAUGAUACCACAUCCAUUUGCUAAAAAUAUAGGUCAUUGGAUCGUUGGAUUAAUGAAAGCUUUGGAAACUGUCAAAGGUCAUGAUCUUUUAAUUCGAAUCACACGUAACAAUAUUACAAAAGUUUUCAACUAUUUACGGGACAAAAAAUCACGUGAAGAGGCUUUAUUGGUUGUUGAAUAUAUGCUUCUUGGUUAUCAAAUUGCACCUGACGUUUUUAAGUUAGUUGUUCCAAUGUACUCAGAAAUGUUGGAAAUUAUAUCUCUAGAGCGUGAUCAAGUUAAAGAGUUGCGUAAGCUUUCUAGCAUUGCUCAAUGUUUAAUGACCCGUUUUCCUACAAAUCAAAAUCAAUAUACACCUAUUAAACAGAAAUUAGAAAGUUUGGAAAUGCCAAAAUUAGAUUCAAGUGAAAUCAGAACUAUUCUGCAAGAUCAUAAUUGGCAUAAAGACAUAAAGAUUACAGAAUCAACAUACAAACCUAUUGAAAAAUCUGAAAAAUCACGUAAAAGAAUUGGGUUACAAAAUUUAGGGAACACAUGUUUCAUGAAUAGUGUGCUGCAGGCACUCUUUAACUCAUUGGAGUUUCGAAAUCGUAUAAUCAAUGCAAGCACUAAUAAAUCCAAAACCUCAACAUUUCAUCAACUUAACGUCUGUUUCGGUGCUAUGGCUUGCUUAACUCAGUCAUAUGUUUCACCUUCUGCAUUAUUGGAGACAUUUCCUCGUUGGAUUAAUAAUGGUCGUCAACAAGAUUGCCAUGAAUUUUUGAAGCAAUUUAAUCAAUUUGUAUCUAACAAACGACCACGACUUGAAAUAGACAAUCAAUCUACAUCUCAGAUUAAUUAUAAUGAAUUACCAAUUUCUACAUUUGGUGGUACAUUGGAAAAUACGAUAAAAUGUUUAUCAUAUUUUCAUGAUCUUACAUUAUCACUUAAAGUUGAAAAUGAAUCUGAUAAACUUUCACUUGAUGCUAUGUUACUUGAAUUUUUUACUCCAGAAGAGUUAAAUGAAGAUAAUCAAUAUUUUUGUGAUAAAUGUAAUGGAUUACAAGAUGCAGUUAAAACAACACGAAUAAUUGUCCCUCCACGUUAUUUGAUAUUAUCACUUAAUCGAUUUGAAUAUGACACAAGAUAUGCAAGAAGAAUAAAAAUUAUGACUCCUGUUAUGCUUCGAGAUACAUUAUCUUUAAAGUACUUUCCAGACACAAAUGAACAUAGUUCAAAAAAUGAGUCAAAUCACACUAAUGGAUUACAUCAUCCAAUGAAUGGAACAGUUGAUUUAAAAACAAAUGGCAAUGGAAAUUAUUACUAUGAUACAGAUAGUGAUAUGGAUAGUGAAACAGGUAAUGCUGAAUAUGAUUUGUCUGCAAUUGUUGUACAUUCCGGAACAUCUGCGGAAUAUGGACAUUAUUAUACUUACGCAAAAGAUGAAGGUAUGGGUAAAAGCCGGACAUCACCUGAAUUUAGCACUUCAUGA